CUGGCUUCAAACUGACGUUUGAGUUUUGACAGAUAAGUUUAUUUGGUUUAAAAUUUGGAAUAUAAACAUAGUAGAUAAUAAAGAAAGUGGCUGCGGUUGUAAUAUAGAUCGUGAACAAAGUGAAAACUUAGGAAAUGGAGAUAUAUUUAAAUCUCUUGAAAAAACCGACCAGUGUUCAAUAGAAUUUAAAAACAAUGAAUUGGAAAAUGAAGUUGAAGAUAUGGUCCUCAUUCCAGCAGGAGAAUAUCAAGUGGGGACUGACGAAAUUAUAAUAGAAAGUGACAAAGAAGGGCCGAAACGUUUAGUGGAAUUGAACGGUUUUUAUUUAGAUAGAUAUGAGGUUUCUAUCAGAGAUUUUAAUAAGUUCGUUACAAUUACGAAGUAUAUCACGGAAGCAGAGAAAUUUGGUGAUAGUUUUGUGUUUACUUUAUUUUUAAACAACACAUUUAAAGAGCAGUUAAAAGAUUUUCGUGUUAUACAAGCAACGUGGUGGUAUAAAGUUACAGGAGCUAACUGGAAAAGUCCACAUGGUCCGGAUUCAAACAUCAAAGAUGUAAUGGAUCACCCAGUAACACAUGUCUCAUGGAAUGAUGCGAAGGCUUAUUGCAAAUGGCGAGGGGCAAGGCUGCCUACUGAGGCAGAGUGGGAAGCAGCUUGCAGAGGUGGACAUGAGGACAGGAACUAUCCUUGGGGUGAUAAACUAUUUCCAGGACGGAAACACAUGGCUAACAUCUGGCAAGGGACAUUUCCACAUUACAACUCAGCUAAAGAUGAGUAUAUCGGCACAAAUCCAGUUCAUUUAUUUCCUCAAAAUGAAUUAGGACUCCAUAAUAUGGCUGGAAACGUUUGGGAGUGGACUGAAGAUAACUGGCUUGAUAACAAUUCCAAAGAAAAAGUAAAGAAGGGUGGUUCUUACUUGUGCCACCACUCGUAUUGCUAUCGCUACAGGUGUGCGGCGCGUUCACAUAAUACUGAAGACAGUUCAGCAGGAAAUUUAGGAUUUCGAUGUGCUAAGUCUGUAUAAAAUGUAGAUAUUUUUUUAUAUUAUACACUUAGUUUCAAAAGCAGUACUUAAAGUAUAGUGUAUGUGUAAGUAAAAAUAUUAUGAUAAACAGGACUUGUGUUUCUAAAACUUACUUAAUAUAUUGUGUUCCUAUCAUAUUGUAAUAUGUUGGCCUCUUAGAGGAAAAUUUUAUUUGUACAGGCCUAAUACAAUUUAUAAUUAUCAUUACAGUAUAGUGCUUAAGAAAAUAAUAAAUUAAUCAUUUCAUCAGGUAAUUUGAAUGAAAAAAAUAUUUCUUUCUAUAUUUCUUUAUUUCUUUCUUAACUAGUAAGCACCAAGUACCAUGACAGAAAUUAUACUAUAUCAAUUAGAUAAUAUUUAUAACUUAUUGUGAAAUACUUUUAUGAUAGAUAAUUUAGUAGGGUAUGGUUCAAUGAUAUCUUUUGACAUACACAUAACUUUAGAUAAAUACUCAUAAUUAUGUUUGUUGAUAAUAUUCCAUAUCUAUAUAUUUGUCUCUCUAUGAGAACUCUAGUGCUUGUGUUAGAAUAAAUGGAGCCUACACUAACUGGUUUCGCAUUAAUAAGGGUGUGAGACAGGGAUGUGUAGCGUCUCCAUGGCUGUUCAACCUAUUCAUGGAUAGCUGUCUAAAGGAUAUGAAAGAGAGUGAGUAUGGGCUGAGGAUGAAUGAGUUGUCACUCAAUUGUUUGCUCUACGCUGAUGAUCAAGUAAUUCUUGCUUCAUCGGCGGAAGAGUUACAAAAGUAUGCCAGGACCGUGCAAAGUGGCAAUCUAUAGUCUCUGCCUACCCCUAUGGGAUAAAGGCGUGAUACUAUGUAUGUAUGUAUAUAUUUGUUUAAAUCAAGAUUUUCAAAAUCACUGCCAUUUUUGUUUGCCAAUGGAGUGACGUUGCAUGAGGACUGUGUCCCUUUUUACGAAAAUUACGCGAACGGAAGAGUAUGAAAUUUGGCAUGGUUAAAUUUAAUAUGUUACUAGUGGAAAAAGCUAAUAUUUUUUAUAUUACAUGCUUCCAUGCGUUUGACACACAUGUGCCUACUACAUACACACUUUCGGUUACCUAUAAAGUGUGCGGUAAAAGUUUACAUCGAGAAGAAAUUAAUAUUAUGAUAUAUGAGUCUUACUGAAUUUUAAAUAACACUAUUUUAUGGAUUUUACCGCGUUUUUCUUAUUAUAAUUUUCUCCCGACGUUUCGAAGACUGCAGUCUUUGUGGUCACAGGGCGGACUGAGGUGUUGGUCAUCCGAAAAGUCAAUGUAACAAUAUCUACCUACAUUUUAUAAUUGUGUGUUUAUAACUUUAUGCAGGAUUUGUGAUAAUUUUAACUCAUUGUAGUUUUGUAAUUUAAGUACAAAUAAUUAACAAAAAUUCGGUCUGCACA